GACGAAUGCGGAUAUAAAAGCGGGAACCUUGGCAACGGUUUUUAUGUCACUUCUGUUUCUUCACUGCCCAGGAGUAUAGAGACACUUUCUCUUAAUAACACCGCUAAAUCUUCCUACUAAAACUCAGAAAUGGAAGACGAAAUCGCCGCUCUGGUCGUUGAUAACGGCUCCGGUAUGUGCAAAGCCGGUUUCGCCGGAGAUGAUGCUCCUCGGGCCGUGUUCCCCUCCAUCGUGGGUCGCCCCAGACAUCAGGGAGUGAUGGUUGGCAUGGGCCAGAAGGACAGCUACGUUGGAGACGAGGCUCAGAGCAAGAGGGGUAUCCUGACUCUGAAGUAUCCCAUCGAGCACGGCAUCGUCACCAACUGGGACGACAUGGAGAAGAUCUGGCAUCACACCUUCUACAACGAGCUGAGAGUGGCACCAGAGGAGCACCCAGUCCUGCUCACCGAGGCCCCCCUCAACCCCAAAGCCAACAGGGAGAAGAUGACCCAGAUCAUGUUUGAGACCUUCAACACCCCUGCCAUGUACGUGGCCAUCCAGGCCGUGUUGUCCCUGUACGCCUCUGGCCGUACCACCGGUAUCGUCAUGGACUCCGGCGACGGCGUGACCCACACGGUACCCAUCUACGAGGGUUACGCUCUGCCCCACGCCAUCCUGCGUCUUGAUCUGGCCGGACGCGACCUCACAGACUACCUGAUGAAGAUCCUCACGGAGCGCGGUUACAGUUUCACCACCACGGCCGAGAGGGAAAUCGUACGUGACAUCAAGGAGAAGCUGUGCUACGUGGCGUUAGACUUUGAACAGGAGAUGGGCACUGCCGCCUCCUCUUCCUCUCUGGAGAAGAGCUACGAGCUGCCCGACGGACAGGUCAUCACCAUCGGUAACGAGAGGUUCCGUUGUCCGGAGGCCCUCUUCCAGCCCUCCUUCCUUGGUAUGGAGUCUUGCGGUAUCCACGAGACGACCUUCAACUCCAUCAUGAAGUGUGACGUGGACAUCCGUAAGGAUCUGUACGCCAACACAGUGCUGUCCGGAGGAACCACCAUGUACCCCGGCAUCGCUGACAGGAUGCAGAAGGAGAUUACGUCUCUGGCUCCUUCCACCAUGAAGAUCAAGAUCAUCGCCCCUCCAGAGCGUAAAUACUCCGUCUGGAUCGGAGGCUCCAUCCUGGCUUCUCUCUCCACCUUCCAGCAGAUGUGGAUUAGCAAGCAGGAGUACGACGAGUCCGGUCCCUCCAUCGUCCACCGUAAAUGCUUCUAAAAACAACAACCAAACCUGUACAGACUCUCUCCUUCCCUCGUUGCCAUUCCUAUGAAGACUCUCUGGUUCGACUCGGUCUGGUUUUUUUUGUGUUUGCAGAGCUCCUGUCAGAACAUCUUGUCCACAGACGUGUUUGUGUCUUCUCCUGCUGUCAGUCUGUCUGAGAGCCUUCCUGUUUUGGCUGGAUGUGACAGGAUGUGAUGUCAUCAUUGUCCGACAGCAGCCUUGUUGACGGUCGUGACUCCUCCCUGUUUUGAGUUACAGUCUUAAUGUUUAUUAUGUUCCGCCACCCUUUAUUGACCUCUAUGGAGGUGUUUUCUGUCUCACCCUAAUCCCCCUCUACCUAGUUCACUAUUGACCAGGGCCCAUAGGGAUCUAGUGUGUUAUCUAAGGGGGAAUAGUGUUGUAUUUUGGGGGACCUUAACUCUAGGCUCUCUGUGUGGGGGGGAGAGAGGAGAAGCUUAAUAUGUAAAUGAUAUUAAAAACGAUAGUUUUUUUUGUACCAUCAGUCUUAUUGAUACAUGGUCCAGCUUGUUUUGUUAUGCAAAGAGGUUUGACCUUCUAAUGAGGGUAAAGGUGUUCCUCUCUCUGGGAGGCAGGUGUCUCCUGUUGUGGACACAGAUCAAUACAAUAAAAGUGCACAUGUCUAUUGAAA